AUGACUGAAAAAAAUCAAAAUAUAUCAAAUAACAGGGAUAAUGGUACUCGCAUGUCUAGAACAAAAUCCAUUAUAGGUCCGAGGCCGCUUCCUACCAGUCAUUCUCGAAGAAAUUAUAGCGAUAGAGUGUCUGAAGAGUAUUCUGAUUCUUUAACACCAGAGCGAUCUCGUUCUGUUACACCUGAUCCACCAUUUCCACCUUUAAUGUCGCCUAAACCACACAAACCUAUGCCUACAGUAACAAAAGACAUUGCAAAUGCUAUAGAAACUCAAUAUUCUAAGGAUCUUAAGGAGAGCGAAGUAUCGACAGAAUACAAUGAAAAUGUAUCAAGCAGUAGUCAAGUUCAAGCAAGUCAAAAUUAUAAUACAUAUUAUUCUCAACGACCACCUUCGCCACAAAGCCCACCGCUUCUAACCCAACCUUUACAUUUUGGUAACUCACCUCAGUUUCAACAGUCUAAUCAAACACAACAGCCGCCAUAUCAACCUCAACAGUAUAUACAGCACCAACAAUAUAUGCAGCCACAUUAUGGACAAUAUCCUCCACGAUUCAAUGUAUUUAGUGGUCAUCAAUAUAAUAUUCAGUCAGAUCCACAAUUUCCUCAAAAUCCACAAUUUUCGCAAAACCCACAAUUUUUGCAAAAUCCACACUUUUUGCAAAAUCCACAAUUUUCACAAAACCCACAAUCUUCGCAAAAUUCACAAUUUUCGCAAAAUCCGCAAGUUUCUCAAGAUCCACAAAUUUUGCAAAAUCCGCAAGUUCCUCAAGAUCCACAAAUUUUGCCAAAUCCCCUGAAUCCUCGAGAUUCACAAAUUCCUCAAGAUCCACAAAACCCCCAAGAUCCACAAAAUCCUCCAAAUCCCCAAAAUCCUGAUAAUGCAACAAAUCCGAUACAACAUCCUCAAUAUCAGUCGCAUGAGUUUUCCAAUAUUCCGCAACAAUCUCGUGCAAGAAAACCAAAUCUACAUAUAUCUGUAAACUAUACUGGUUCUUCUGCUGAAACAUCAUUUCAACAUAAUCCACAGCAAUUCGAACAACCAAAUCAAAAUCCAGAGUCUUCAGCCACACCAGCAUGGGGUUUACAACCUCCACAAAAUCAUUAUAUGCCACAUUAUAAACAUACUUCUUUAUUACCUAACAUGUUAUCCCCUGGUCAUACUGUUGGCCCAAAUGGGGCUAAUUUCCCCGGGGGGAUGAGAAAUAGUUGGAGUGUAGGAUCAACUUCUCCUAUUCCUGAACGUAAGUCUUCAAAAUCUCCACUGCGUUUGCUAAUUGAUGAAAAAAUUGAAAAAAGACAGACUGCUACUUCAAAAACACUUGCAUCUGAUCAGAAUGCAAUACAAAAAUAUCGAGAAGCUGCUAAAAAAACAAAUGAUCCCUCUACCCAAAUUCAAUAUGCUAAAUUCCUUUUACAUAUGAUUGAACUCCGAAAAGCCAAUAAUUCAAACAACCCCGAGAAAAAUAUUGAGCAAGAUGCUACAACUGAUAAAUUAGUUCAGGAGGCUACAUAUUGGGUUAAACACCUUGCAAAAAGUGAUAAUCCCGAAGCAUUAUAUAUUAAAGGUACUUGGUACGAAUAUGGUUUAUAUGGGAAAGAAAAGAAUGAAGAAAAAGCCUUCAAAUAUUAUCAAACUUCAUCAAAAAAGGAAUUUCCUAAAGCAAAGUACAAAGUUGCUUUUUAUCAUGAAAAGAAAGAUGAUUAUAAGCGUGCAAUACAGUUUUAUAAAAAAGCUGCCGUACAAGGUGAAGUAGCUGCAUUAUAUAGACUCUCAUUAAUAUUUAUGUUAGGUGAAUUUAAACAAAUAGUAGAUUUUAGACAAGCUUUGAUAUAUUUAAAACAAGCUGCUUCAAAAGCUGAUGAAGACUGUCCUGAUGGUGCUUAUGUAUAUGGAAUGAUAUUAGCUAAGGAAUGGGAUAGAGCCGUUGUUCCUGAUGAACUUGUCGCUCCUGAUGAUCAUGAAGCCAGAGAAUUAAUACUACGAGCCGCAAACUUAGGUCACAUUCCUGCUUUAUUCAAGAUAGGUCAAUGUUAUGAAUAUGGCUCUUUAGGAUUUCAAUGUGACCCAAUAUUAUCUGUUGAAUAUUAUAAAAGAGCUGCUGAAAAAGGUCAUGUUGAAGCUGAUAUGUCAUUAAGUAAAUGGUAUCUUUGUGGUGCAGAAAAUCUGGAACAAAACGAAGCACUUGCUUAUGAACAUGCUGAAAAAGCUGCUUUGAAAGGACUGCCUACUGCUGAAUUCGCUAUGGGUUAUUUUCAUGAACAUGGAAUUCAUGUUCCUAAAAAUUCUGGCGUUGCCAUGAUUUGGUACACAAAGGCCGCGUCUCACGGUAAUGAAGAUGCAAAGAAAAGGUUGGCUCUUGAUGGUGCAGUUACUCGUAGAGAUAAUGAACCAAACAACUUAAGAAAGGAAAUGCAUAAUGAUAAGAAUUUUGGACAUUAUAGUUAG